GCCAGCAGGCGCGGCUCCUCCCCCCUCCACUCUGGAACUGAGCUCCCGAAGGUCCACAAACAGACGGGUUGCCGGUGGUAAGAGCCUGCGGCCGGCGCUGGUAGGAAGUCUGAUCCCGACACGGCUAACGGGGAGCACAGCGCCGAGUUCAUUCAUUCAUCCCGCUGGUCCCGCACAGCCCCAGCCGGAGCGGCCGCUUCCUUCCCCAUCACUGUUCUCAGACCAUGAAUUAUGUUGGGCAGCUUGCCGGGCAGGUCCUGGUUACCGUAAAGGAGCUGUACAAAGGCAUCAACCAGGCCACCCUGUCCGGGUGCAUUGACGUCAUCAUUGUACGACAACAGGAUGGCACCUACCUAUGCUCCCCUUUCCAUGUUCGAUUUGGGAAGCUUGGAGUUCUGCGCUCCAAGGAAAAAGUGAUUGAUAUUGAAAUCAAUGGAGAGCCAGUUGAUUUGCACAUGAAACUCGGCGACAAUGGAGAAGCUUUUUUUGUACAGGAAACUGAUGAAGAAAAUGAAAAAGUCCCUGCACAUUUAGCUACCUCACCCAUACCAACAGAUAAUCAAUUUUUCAUGAAUGUAAGUGUUCACUUGCCAACCUCCAUUGGUGAGGAAAAGAAACCUUCAGUGUCUCCAAUGGCGGAAACAGAAACGGUAUCUACGCCGUCUGUGAAGAAGAAAAAACGUAGGAGAAAGAAAAUCAAACAUGAGAAGAAGGAAGACCUCCCUGUAGCGUCAGGAGUGGAGGAGAUCUUUGAUAUGGAUAUGAGCUCAGAUGAAGAAAGCUUAAUGCAGUCUCAAAGGUCCCUAUUGAGCACAACACCCAAGGAAGAUGAAUACAGAGAAUCAUUUAUCUGUCACACGUCAGAUCAUUAUGCUCUCUCUGAUGGUGACUGGUCGCCACUGGAAAGUGAAUUUUCCCAAUCCAUGGGGCCAAAGAGCGAUUCGGAGUUGGAAGUGAAGCCAGCAGAUAGCAUGCACAGGGCAGAACCCCAUAUGGAGUGGACGUGGGGAGGUUUCCCUGAAUCCACCAAGAUCUACAAGAAGGAAAAAAUAGAGCAUCCCAGAACAGCCACAAUCACCCCAUCUGAGAAUACACAUUUCAGAGUGAUCAGCUCUGAGGCAUUGACUGGGGUGGGUGAUGAAGUUUCCAUGGAAGACUCGGUUUGCACUACUGUUCUAAAGCCAGAGCCUCGUCCUUGUUCUAUCAACAUUCAAGUAGAUGGAGACCAGCCUUCUGACUCUACUCCUGAGAGCAAUCUCAGCUCCCCAUCAGUGCCAGAUGAACAGCUGCCUACAGAGUGUAUUGAUACAGUAUCUGAGCUGAAGCCUUUAUCAAAGUCAGACUCCCCGUCCAAGAAGAAAGGUGUACGUAAAAGGAGCCAACAUCAGGGACCGGGUGAUAUUUAUUUGGAUGACCUAAAUGUUUUGGAACCAGAUGUAGCUGCCCUCUAUUUUCCCAAAAGUGAAUCCGAUACUGGUUCUAGGCAGUGGGUUGAGUCUGAAACCUUGUCUGGCUCACAGUCGCCACAGUCCGUGGGCAGUGCAGCUGCUGACAGUGGUACCGAGUGCCUCUCUGAUUCGGCUAUGGACCUGCCAGAUGUUACACUUUCUCUUUGUGGAGGCCUCAGUGAAAAUGGAGAGAUCUCCAAAGAAAAAUUUAAGGAGCAUAUCAUCACCUACCAACAGUUUUCUGAGAACCCAGGAAUUAUUGACAAUCCUAACCUAGUCGUACAGAUUUCCAACAGGUAUUACAACUGGGUCUUGGCAGCACCUAUGAUCUUGAGCUUGCAAGUGUUUCAGAAAAACUUACCUAAGAAUACCAUUGAAUCGUGGGUUAAAGAAAAAAUGCCAAAGAAAUCUGGAAGAUGGUGGUUCUGGCGAAAGAAGGAUAGCAUGGUAAAACAGCCAGACACAAAAGACGAGAAGCUGGAUGUCGAAUCAGGCAUUGAACAAACAUUGGAAAUAAAAGAUCAAUCAAAUAUACGGUUACCUGCCGACGACAAUUCAAGUGAUGAGGAAUCAUUGGAAUUGGAGCAAAUAAAAAAUGAAUCUGUUCCUGUAGAAUAUCAAAGCCAUGGAUAUAACACAUCAUACCGCAAAACACUGCGACUCUCUUCGGACAAAAUAGAAAAGUUAAAGCUGCGAGAUGGUCCUAACGAUAUUGUUUUCAGCAUUACUACUCAGUAUCAAGGCACGUGUAGGUGUGAAGGUACCAUUUACCUAUGGAACUGGAAUGACAAACUCAUAAUUUCAGACAUUGAUGGAACAAUCACAAAGUCGGAUGCCUUAGGACAGAUUCUUCCACAACUUGGAAAAGAUUGGACACAUCAAGGCAUUGCGAAACUCUACCACUCUAUACACGAAAACGGAUAUAAGUUUAUGUACUGCUCCGCUCGUGCCAUUGGUAUGGCAGAUAUGACAAGAGGCUAUUUACACUGGGUAAAUGACAAAGGUACUAUCCUUCCCAGAGGGCCUUUGAUGCUGUCUCCCAGCAGUCUCUUUUCAGCAUUUCACAGGGAGGUUAUAGAAAAGAAACCCGAGAAGUUCAAGAUAGAAUGCCUCAAUGAUAUAAAAAAUUUGUUUCCUAUUUAUGAACAACCAUUUUAUGCUGCUUUUGGAAACCGCCCUAAUGAUGUAUUUGCAUAUAUGAAAGUUGGCGUUCCAGACUGCCGGAUAUUUACUGUGAAUCCAAAAGGAGAAUUAAUACAGGAACGAACAAAAGGGAACAAAACAUCGUACAGCCAUCUUAGUGAAUUGGUUGAACAUGUUUUCCCAUUACUUGACAAAGAACAGAGUUCUGCUUUCACGUGUCCGGAGUUCAGCACGUUCUGCUAUUGGAGAGUCCCACUACCAGAAGUAAACAUGGCAGACUUGACAUAACUCACAUUUUGAGCACUUCUGGAGCUGUCGAUUCAUAUGCGAUUCUUUCUGUUGGCGAUUUGUCCUUCUGAAGUAUUAUUGCUGUGGGAAGAAGGCAUUUAUUGAAAUCAUUUUAAAUGCCUCUCUCCCAUUUAAUUUUACAGUCAGUUUGUAAUCUGUAGCCAGUAAAGAUAUUGUAUGUUCUAUUCAGGGAAAAUGUAAAAAAAAAAAUAAUAAUAUUGAUUUUAUUUUAAUACAGUAUCUUAAUUCAUUGUAAACAAGUUUGUGAAUGGAUGGAUAACGCGUUUUACUCUGUGUUCCAGAUUCAUUGAUGCUAACUGAGCUAUAAUGAUGUUCACCCUGUUAUCUCGUUACGCCUAUGGAGAUUAACCCUUUCAGGGCUUGUAAAGCCUGACCUCUAUUGCAGGGCAAUGGGUUGCAGACUUUACAGCUAUGAAGACAUAAGAAUAUUGUAGAAAUUAGAUGAGAAUUUCUAAUGUACUGCCAAUUGGUUAGUUUAAUGGUCAUUUUCAAUAUACAUGACCUUUGCUUAAGCCAAAUAUGUACCAGUGCAAUUAUUUAUUUUACAUGCAGUUCUGCAUUUCAGGCCACUAAAAUGUGCUAUUUUAUAUGGCAGAGAUAGGUGGCAUAUUUUAUAAUAUUUUUGUUUAUUUAAGGCAACAAGCCUCGAAUGUUAUUUUCUUCCUACGGAAUAUGUUCUUAUGCCAUCCACCCUUCUUGCCUUUGUUAAUGUGGAUGCACAGUGCUUUCACUAUGCAUUUCAGGUUUAUUGUGAAUCUGCACCUAGUUCAAGUGGUUCACACAUACCCACAACUAUUUUGUGGAUAGAGAAGUUUUUGUUUUUGCCAGUAAGAGUACAAAACCUCAAUAAACUAGAAUCAUAGAAUCAGACAUUUCAUUGAUGACACCGGCCUGGAGAUUGUAUAUAUUAAAAGAUGUAAAGUAUUACAAGAACCAUAUCAUUUGUAAAUGAUAACACAAAGGUGUGUGUUUGUAUGUCUGCUUCUGGGCCAAGGCAAGUAUUUAUUUGUAAGUAUGAUGUAAAACUCUACCCAAAUAAAGUGUUGAGCUAUUUUAAAUA